AUGGCCCCCUCCCGCCGGUCGACGGCUUCCUCGGCGUCUACCCAGACCAGAUCGAACCAGAUCGCUUCGAUCGAGGAGUUCUUGGGCAAGUUGACUCCGGAGAUGUACGCGAGAAUGUCCCCCGAACAACAGAUGGGUGUGGCGCACCUCGCCUCGGCCAUGUACUCACCCAUGCGAGAGCCGGAGGACGAGUUUCUCGGCAACUUGAAGGCAUCGCGCGAGGGUAUCAGGGCCCUGAUCCAAGAUUCCUACGCCCCCAACUCGUCCGGAAACAGCAUCCAGUACGCUGCAGACCGUAGCUACCAGACCAAAUGCAGGCUCGAGCACAUACGGCACGCCAUUGGGCUACACAACCUGCGGAAGCCGGGGAAGGAAUACAAAGGCGACGACGCAUGCCUUACCAACUUCGGUGUUUACUCGGCCAAGCGGGCGAACGACGAGAGGAUGGAACUCGAAUCGCAGGGGAAAUGGGAGUUCCCAACGAUGGUUGGGUGCAGCUCGGCCUGGCGAUGUGAGCAGACUGGCCGAGAACUUUUCGAGUCCAUCGACAAACGAGAGGCGGAGCUUGAGGCGCAAGGUCUACUGGUUGACCCUAUCCUGAAAUUCAUCCAUUGGGCUGCUCGAGAGGAGAUCUCCUCACAAUUCAAACACGGCCAGAAAGGUGCGUACGGAGCCUCGUUUGUGGCGAAGGACAGGGACUUUGGCAGAUACCUCGGCGAUGACAUCCGACAUUUGAACGGAGAAUCCGCCACGCACCCGGAUCAAGACCUCUUCAGGGACAAGGACGGCAAACCUUACUGCAAUGAAGAGGGUGCCAUCGAGCGCAUGUCGACGCAGUACCUGCCGAACGUGAUGGGCCUCGCAUCGGAGUACCACCGGCACACGGGCACCGACAGCUUCAAGUUGACAAGUCUCUGUCACGCGGACACCAGCACAGGCUUCUUCAAGGACCUCAUCGACAUGAGAUACAAGAAGCCUUUGGAGAAGAACCACGAGGACUUCAAGGCCUGGGGACAGAAGUGGAUGGCAUACGAGAAAACAAAGGACUCCGACACAGGCUCCAUGUUGCUCACCGAAAGGAACAGGCUUGGGUCCGAGAGGCAGCGGCUGGUGACCGAACGUGAGCAUCUGAAGAGCCAGGUCAAAUUCUACAAUACCACAGCCCACGACGUUCUGUUCACUGUCGAGACCGACGCGAAUGAAGAACUGUCUCUCGUCGAGAAUGAGAGUGGCAACCUCUUUGACUUCGAAUUCCAUCCGGGCAGAGAGUAUCAACUCGCACAGUGGGCCGAGGACUUCCGCCGAGACCAUCCCGGUGUCGACCCGGAUGAGCCGUCCGAGUUUGCCCCGAUCAAGUCAGACUGCUCGACUGCGACUGCGAAUGUGAGCGCAUCCACGGCCACGUCCGCCCUGUCGAGCGAUGCCACAGCGUCUGCUUAG